AUGAGCAAGUUGUCCCAGUUGCCCCAUGGUCCAGCACCGCAUAGAUCAGCGGUAUCAAAGAUUGUGCGAAAUAAUGAAACUUAUGCAGCCAUUGAAAGGAAAGAAGACACACUAGCAAAAAGUGAUGCAGUCUCCCUGAUGAAUUUGAACAAAAUCUUGGAACACCUCAAGCCUGCAGCUACUGUCGGUCCUACAUCUGCCUCCGGUGACCUUGCUCCACGAAGAGAAUUAACAAGAGAAGUGGCUAAGCCACAACUUCAGAAUGUGGUAUUAGUCGAGAGGAAAGCUGAAAAAACCCAAAGUGAAGAGCACUUCCAUGAACAAGUUAACAGGAUGAGGGAGCAACCGUGA